AUGUCUGAGAAAAAACCAAAAUGGCCGUAUCCGAGAAUAGCCUACCAUCCUGGAAAGUUCGAGAGGUUUUCUUACAGAACAUAUAAUUGGUUUGAAAAUCGUCUUUGGCCAGUUCGGCCGGUUCCAUUCCUGGCUCUGAUCACUACUGCCACUGGUUAUCAACUCAAAAACUUCGAUGUUCAAGACCUUCAAACCAGUCUUCACGUUGUUCUAAAACCAUUGGCUAUUUCUAUCGGUUCGGUCUAUGCUUGUGUAUUCCUUCUGCGUCAUUUUCUCAAAUAUUUCUUCUUUUCUUACAAAGGAUACCUGAAAGAGAACCCGAAGAAGCCAUCAUACUGGACAAUUAUUUGGGGUGCCCUCCGGAGGGUUCUUCUCAAAAUAGCACCGCCUCAAUUAUCUUCAUGUGAUCGUCUACUUCCGAAUCUUCCACUCCCAAGUCUAGAUGAUACAGUCGAAAGAUACUUGUGUACGAUGAGACAUGUCACCCCUGAGGAAGACUACAUUCAACUGAUCAAAAUAUCAAAUAAGUUCUUAUCAUCCGAAGGACGAACGCUACAACGAUUCGCUUGGCUUUUGCAUAAAUUCAGCGAGAAUUAUGUGACUCCAUUCUGGGAAAAGUAUAUUUACCUUGCAGGAAGAUAUUCUUUGGCUAUAAAUAGUAGCAUUGCCCAUAUUGUUAUGUAUGGAGACAAUGAUCUGACACAGAUUUAUCAAGUGGCACGAAUACUGUACAUUGAGACACUAGCAAAUUUAUCGUUGGACAGACAGAAAUAUUUGGCAGUUGGAGAAGGAUUAUUAUCAACAAGACACUACAGAAAUAUCUAUAAUGGAUGCAGAAUUCCAGGUAAAGAAUGUGAUCAUUUUCAACGGAAUCCGCCAAGUAGGCACGCACUGGUCGUUCAUAAAGGAACAUGGUACAAAGUGGAUACUUGUGAUGAAAAUGGGAAGCUUUACAGUGUCGACGAAUUGGUGAAAAUUGUCUCUGAAAUGAUGAAUCGAAACGAUAAAUCAACUGGAUUCAUGUCAAAAAUAGCCAGUCUAACUACGGAUCGGCGUACGGAAUGGAGCAUCAACCGACAGAAAUUCUUCCUGGAGAACAGAAACAACAAGAAACUAUUGAAAGUCAUAGAAACUGCUCAAUUCGUUGUUUCAGUAGAUGAGACGGAUGCCUGGGGUGUGGAAACCGUGGAGAAAGCAUCUCGAUACAUGAAAGAUACGCUAACAGGAGAUGGCUCAAAUCGAUGGUUCGAUAAAACAAUGAAUUUCGCCGUUUGUGCCAAUGGAAGAGGCGGAGCUACUGGGGAGCAUUCUCCAUGUGAUGGAGCAGAACUUGGCCAUUUAUGUGAGAAUUUUUUGAACAUUGACAAACAGAUUCUGGUGUCGCCGAGUCGGGAGGAACAGUUAGAGAACGAAAAAGUAUUGGAUGAGGACAGAAAGACUUUGAAAUUAGCAGAAAAGUUGAAUUUCGAAAUUGUGGAUGGAAUGGAAUCGGAAGUUGAAAGAUGCUUUGAGUCCCACUUGAAAGCAACUAAUGACAUUCAUAUGCAUUCAAUAAUAUUUUUGGAUUUUGGAAAAGGAAAACUGAAAACUUGCGGAAUUUCACCAGAUGGAUUUGUGCAAAUGGCAAUUCAGUUGGCUUAUUACAAGGACCAAGGAAAGUUCACUCAGACUUAUGAGUCUGGAUCAGUUCGAUCCUUUGCCAAUUCCAGGACGGAAACAUUGAGACCAGUAACUGAUGCUUCUUGCGAAUUCGUAGAAGCUAUGCUCGACGAGAAAUCCGAGAAAAAAAUCAAGCGAAAACUUCUGAAGGAAGCAUGUGAAGCUCAUGUUAAUAACUGCAAGCAAAUAAUGAUGGGAAACGGAGUUGAUCGUCAUCUCUUCGUACUGUGUGUUUUGGCAAAAGGUCUUGGAUAUUCAAGCCCAUUCCUUGAUUAUUAUUCCAGUCAAAAAUGGCUUUUGAGCACGAGUAAUGCUCCCAACAUGACAAAUUCAAUUGAUGAAGACUGCUCGGUGAACAAUAUUGUUCUCGGUGGAUCAUUUGGAGCAGUUGCUCAAGAUGGAUAUGGAAUUUGUUACAGAUUUGGAGGAAACCAAGCUAUUUUAAUGGCCAUCACUUCAUAUCACUCAUCGGAAAUGACGGAUUCCGAUCGAAUGGCUCAGCACAUGAAAGAAGCUUUCCAUAGUUUAGUCGCUUUGUUUGAUGAAUAA